AAUUGAAGUUGGGUUGUUAUGAGCUAAAAAAGCCUUGAUCUUUUUGUCUUUUCAACAUUAUUGACUAACAUGAUUCUUGACUGUUGACCUGGAGAUUGAUUAUAAAGCUUUCUGAAUUUUCGAAACACCCCCGCUUGCCUCAUGACCAUGUCAAAGAUUGGUUUCUGUAACUUGUUAAUACGGUUCUGUGGAAAAAUGGAGACAAAGCUCCGACUUUGUUUGGCUGCUGUAAAUUUGAGGUUCGUAGCAGCUUCCCACCAACUGUUUGUUUUCCCGACGUUUUUCUUUCUUCUGUGAUUUCUUUAUAGAUACCCAAAUUUAUAUAUUUAGUCAAUCUGAGUUUCGGGGUGAGGAAGAUUAUUCGUAGGUGGUCCUAUAAGCUAUUUUGUUUAGUAUUAAAAGUAGCUUUCUGCGCAUGACUACUUUUUCUUUUCGCUGGUCAGUAAGGCAGGCCCCAACCAGAGAGGAACACUAGCUAAUUUGUUUGUGAUGUUAUUAUAAAGAGAGAGAGAGAGAGAGAGAGAGAGAGAGAGAUUGAUUGAUUGAUUGGCCCAAAACCACAUGCAAUAUUGUUUUGGUUGACAAUUAGAUACCUCGUGUUGGGCAGGGAGAUUAACAAGCUUGAAAUGGGUAAGAGAACUGAAACUUUUCAUGCUUUUAAUCCCUCCAUCUUCAUCCUAUUCUUUUUCAAUUGGUUUCUGUCACAGCAUUAUUGUGCAGAAGUUUAUAACAUAACUUCUUCACAACCAUUAGCAGAGGGACAAACUCUUGUCUCCCCAGGCCACAUUUUCGAAUUGGGCUUCUUCAGUCCUAAUAAUUCUGCUAACAAGUAUGUGGGGAUAUGGCACAAGACUAUAUUUCCCCGCAAAGUUGUUUGGGUGGCCAACAGAGAAAAGGCUCUUUCAGUUACAGACACAUUGGCUAGUUUGACAAUUAACAGCAAUGGGAACCUGGAGCUUGUAGAUGGGAAACAGAGUUGUAUUUGGUCAACCAAUAUUUUAGUGCCAUCUAAUGGUUCAGCUGCACUUCUUUUAGACAGUGGAAACUUUGUUGUCCAAGAUGAUAUAGGAGCUCAAUUAUGGAGGAGCUUUGAUUAUCCUGGUGACACACUUCUACCAAAGAUGUUGCUGGGAUUCGAUAACAAAUCUGGAAAGAGGGAUGUCUUGACUGCCUGGAAAAGUGAGAGUGAUGGAUCAACCGGGUUGUUCUCGGUUGGAUUGGCACCACAGAUCCCAACACAAAUGUUCAUUUGGAUUAAUGGAUCAACUCCCUACUGGAGAAGUGGGCCAUGGGACAAAACAAAGUUCCUCGGCAUACCAGGAAUGAAUGAUGAAUAUCUAAGUGGAUUAAAUCUAGAUGAUAAUGUGCAGCAGGGAACAAAGUAUUUCUCUUUUUUCUUUAACAGAACUCUGGCAUAUAUGGAAAUCUCUUAUCAAGGUACACUAAAGCUUAUGUAUUCCGAACAUGGUGAGAACUGGAAUCUUGACUGGGAGGCCCCAAAGAAUCCAUGUGACCAUUAUGGAAUCUGUGGACCUUUUGGGGUUUGCAAAGCUUCCGAGUCUCCAAUCUGCAAGUGUUUGAAAGGGUUUAAACCCAAGUCACAAGAGGAAUGGAGCAAAGGAAACAGGGCAGGGGGGUGUGUGAGGAAAACCAAAUUGUUUUGUGGGAGUAACACAAGUAACUCAGUUCCUUCGAGAGGAAAACAAGAUGGGUUUUGGAAGAUAUCAAGUGUAAACCUACCAGAUUUUCAUGAGUAUAUUUCGAAUUUGGGUGCUGAAGACUGCAAGGUACAGUGCACAGGUAGUUGCUCUUGCCUGGCUUAUACACAUAUUAACAAUAUAGGGUGUUUGGUCUGGUCCAAAGACCUUAUUGAUAUUCAAGAGUUUGCCUCUGGUGGAGAUGAUCUUUUUAUUCGCUUAGCACAUGCAGAAUUAGGUGAAAGAAAGCAAAUAAAGAUAAUGGUCAGCCUCAUAGCUGUUUGUUUUAUCAGUAUCUUGGCUGGCAUAGUGUUUAGCUUGCACAGAUUGCGAUCUAACCAAAAGAGAAACGUCAAAGUAACACCUAAGGACUCUGAAAUGGCUGAUAUGAUUGAGACUUCAAGAGAUGCUCUUCUUCAUGAAUAUAUAAGAAAACAUGAUCCAUCAGAGCUAGUAAUCUAUGAUUUUGAUACCAUAUUAAUUGCUACGAGGAAUUUCAGCAUCACAAAUAAACUCGGAGAAGGAGGAUUCGGGCCUGUAUAUAGGGGUAAGCUACAAGAAGGGAAGGAAAUAGCAGUAAAAAGACUAUCUAGUAGCUCAGUACAAGGCAUAGAAGAGUUCAAGAAUGAGAUUCUAUUGAUCUCCAAACUCCAACAUAAGAAUCUUGUAAGGCUCAUGGGUUGCUGCAUUAAAGAUGAUGAGAAGCUACUAAUUUAUGAGUUCAUGCCAAACAAAAGCUUGGAUACUCUUUUGUUCAAUCCAAUGAGAAGAGCAGAGCUUGAUUGGGCAAAACGCUUCAAUAUUAUUCAAGGUGUUGCUAGAGGACUUCUUUAUCUCCACUAUGAUUCAUGUUUGAAGGUAAGUAAUAUUCUGUUGGAUGAGAAGAUGAGCCCAAAAAUUUCGGAUUUUGGACUGGCACGUAUCUUUGAAGGGACACAGAAUCUAGCAAACACUCAGAAGGUUGUGGGAACUCGUGGCUAUAUGUCUCCCGAGUACGCUAUGCGCGGGAUAUUUUCUGAAAAAUCUGAUAUAUAUAGCUUUGGAGUCUUUCUAUUGGAGAUUGUUGGUGGCAGGAAAAAUACCAGCUUCUAUUACCAUGACCAACAGCUAGGCUUCAUAGAUUAUGCAUGGCACUCAUGGAAUGAAGGCAGGGGAUUGGACUUGGUUGAUGAAGUUUUGGCAGAUUCAUAUUCGUCAACAGAAGUGAUGAGAUGUGUGCACAUUGGGCUUCUUUGUGUACAGGACAAUGCUGCAGAUAGGCCAACCAUGCCAGAUGUAGUUUUCAUGCUGAGUAGGGAGACAGAUCGCCCACAACCUAAGCGGCCUAUAUAUACUUUCCAAAGCUCAAACUCUGAUCCCCAACCACCGUUUGACAAUAUUUGCUCCGCAAAUGAAGAUACCAUAACACUACUUCAAGGACGAUAAGAAAUUGCAAAUUUUUACGUCUAUUGACUUUUGGCCGUUGUGAAGUUUUCCUUUUGGUAUAGUGAAUGAAGGUUUUCCAUUCACGGGAUAUUUUGCUAAAAUGCGCGAAAAAAAGGUAUAGUGAAUGAAGGUUUUCCUUUCAUGGGAUAUUUUGCUAAAAUGCACCAAAAAAACAUUAUAAGACAGGUGUUAGUAGUAUAACAUCCCUUUAAUGUCCUGAUCCUAUGCUAGCCUAUGCUAUUAUUGGAUUAGGAACAUAUGUUUUGUACAUGUUCAAAUAUCUUAUGCUAUUAUUAAAAGGGAAAGAAAAAAGCGGUUUUUUUUUGGGUUCAA